AUGAGGCCUGCUGAAAAUCAGCAGUUAGUAUUUUUCCCCUACCAAUACGGAGUUGGAAUACUGGGCCGUCAGCAUCGUGGAAUCCAUCCAUUGGACUGUCGGUCUGCAACCACCGUACAACUUAUGCAAGUCGGCGGUCACACAUGCCAAACGAGGCUGGCUGGCAACUUUGCUUUUUCCAGGGAGACGUGGCCCAGCGCGCAACCCAAGGCCAGCCCAAGAUGUUUGGCCUUCGGGACCCCCGCUGCUGCACCACCCGAGUGGGGGCUUAUCAACAAACCAUGGAUGGAGGCUGACCGUCGGCUUCCCCAUUUCCCCUGA